AUGAAAAAGUUCCUUUUUGUUGUACUGCUUCUGUCUCUUAUAAAGUGUGCCACGCUGGCAGAGAGAAUAAACGGAUACUGCAAUGAAAUAAAGAGAAAAGCAAAAGAGGUUUACGGAUCUGCAGGCCGAGUUGAGGAAAUUCGGGCGUCUAUGCACAAGCAUCUUUCCCCAGUAGGCGAGCGAUUGAAGACGCACUCCAAAGACAUCAUCUCCAAAAUAAGCAACUUCGGCAAAGGAACAGCCAUUCCCAAGGUGAAGAAAAUGUACCAGCACGUAAAAGACCAGAUAAACAAGGAGAAAGAAAAGGCACAGGCAAAAAUGCACGAAAACAAGGAAAAGGAAGCCGCCCAGGCGAAGGAAAGCGAAUUUCCAGAGGCAGCCCCCUCCGAGGACCCUGAGGAGGUGAAGAAGCGGAUGAAGGAGAUUGAAGAGUUUAUAAAAAUGCUGGUCAACGACCUGCAGGAAAAGGGCGCUGGAAACGCCACGCAGGAGGAAGACGAGGAGCUUCUGAGCGAAGAAGAGAAGGAGCUUGGAAGCGACAGCGCCAAAGACGAGACAGGAGACGGCGACAAUGUGCAUGAAGAAUAUGUGAAGAGUGACCUUUAG